UAUAUUUUUUGUUGUCCUGUGUGGGUACAUGAGUGGCACAAGAUGGACUUAUCAGGAACAGAGAAAUUGGAGAGCCAAAAUGAGGUUCAACAGCAACCAAACAAAGGCACCAGCUUCCUUAGAACUUGUUUCAAUGGCCUCAAUGCCUUAUCAGGUGUUGGGAUACUGUCAAUCCCAUAUGCACUUGCUCAAGGAGGAUGGUUAAGUAUAGUGCUCCUUUUCCUAGUUGCUGUUCUCUGUUGGUACACGGGAUUACUUCUACGAAGUUGCAUGAACACUCAUCCGCUCAUCAAAACCUAUCCCGAUAUCGGUGAGCAUGCUUUCGGAUACAAGGGCAGAGCUAUCGUGUCCGUGUUCAUGUACGUCGAGUUGUAUCUGGUUGCAGUCGAGUUUCUGAUAUUAGAAGGUGACAACCUGGACAAGCUGUUUCCGAACACAGCGUUCAAACUGGCCGGGAUGAAAAUCGGAGGAAAGCAAGCGUUUAUCGUACUGACUUCCCUCGUAGUUUUGCCAACCACAUGGUUGAAGAGCUUGGGGCUACUUGCCUAUGUCUCUGCUGGUGGGGUGUUAGCUUCUUUUAUUCUUGUUAUUUGCAUCUUUUGGAUUGGAGCAGUUGAUAAAGUGGGGUUCAAUGAAAGUGGUGUGGCUUUAAAUUGGAGUGGCAUGCCUAUUGCCGUAAGCAUGUUUGCCUUUUGUUAUUGUGGCCAUACAUGUUUCCCUACAUUAUGCAACUCAAUGAAAGACAGAAGCAAAUUCUCCAAGGUUUUACUUGUCUGCUUCGUCACAAGCACCAUCAGCUACGGAUCGAUGGCGGUUCUGGGCUACCUGAUGUAUGGAGAACAUCUCAAGUCUCAAGUGACAUUAAAUCUUCCCAUAAAAAAGAUGAGCACAAAAAUAGCAAUCUACACUACUCUAAUCAACCCCCUCACGAAAUAUGCUGUUAUAACCGCUCCGAUCGCGACUGCUAUUGAGGAAAAACCGGUCUUUCGCAACAGCAGGUCUCUAAGCAUCUUCAUUAGAACUACACUUGUGAUCAGCACAGUGAUUGUUGCCUUAUCCAUCCCGUUUUUUGGCUACGUGAUGGCCUUUAUAGGAUCGUUUUUAAGUGUCACCGCGUCUAUGUUACUGCCAUGCCUGUGUUAUCUUAAGCUUAACAAAGCUGCUAGAAAAUUCGGAUUGGAAUUGAUAAUAAUAGUUUCGAUUUUGGUGGCAGGAUUGUUCAUAGGUGUAGUCGGAACCUUUACUUCCAUAAGACAAAUUGUUAACCAUCUGUGAAUUAUCAA